AUGAAGGACGCCUCCAACGGGUUCGGUCCGGCGCCGUUAAUGACAGCCUGGAAUGUCGAGUCUCAAGUUCAUUUGAUCAUUGGGUCUAAUCCUUUGGCCGCUGCUCGAUGCGCCAGAAGUGUUGAAGCCGGCGCGAAACCUGUCAUCGUUGCGCCGGAGACGGCCGACCUGCAUCCUACCCUUUCAGCGCAAAUUUCGGAAGGCUCCGCACAAUGGGUGCGUCGCGAAUUUCAAGAAGAUGACCUGACGAGCCUGGGACGAGAGGAGGUUGAUCGCGUGGUGGAUACGGUCUUUGUCACUCUGGGCGGCAGGAACCCAUUGAGCGCACACAUCUCGAAACUUUGCCGACGCUUGCGGAUCCCAAUCAAUGUGUCUGACGCCCCCGAGUUGUGUUCAUUCACACUACUUUCUACCUACUCCGACGGCCCUCUGCAUAUUGGAAUUACAACUUCGGGUCGUGGCUGCAAGCUCGCAUCUCGGCUGCGCAGAGAGAUUGCUGCUUUCCUCCCAGCUAACCUGGGAUCGGCUAUCGAUCGACUUGGUGGUGUGCGCCGGAGACUCUGGGAGGAAGACCAUGAUGGCGAACUCGGGGAUUCUACCCUGGACGGCGAUGAUGACGAUACGUCGGGCCAGAAACACACUUUCAAUACUUUGGUCACGGCAGACGAUAGUUCCGCUGCGAAGACUAGGCGGAUGCGUUGGUUGUCACAGAUUUGCGAAUACUGGCCUCUCCGAAAACUUGUGUCGGUUACUGACGAGGAUAUUCUCGCUAUCCUAAAAGCAUACUCGUCUGGUAAGGACAUUGCAAAGGAGACAAAUGGAACGAGUGGUUUGGCAAAGAAGGGAAAGAUUGUGCUAGCAGGCUCUGGACCUGGACACCCGGACCUGCUUACCCGCGCCACAUACAACGCCAUCCAGAAUGCCGACAUCAUUCUGGCUGAUAAGCUCGUUCCGGCGCCAGUUUUGGAGGUGAUUCCCCGCAGGACGGAAGUCCAUAUUGCACGCAAGUUUCCCGGCAAUGCCGACCAAGCACAAGAAGAAUUUCUGCAGAUGGGUCUUGCAGCCCUCCGAAAAGGACAGCAGGUUCUCCGUCUGAAGCAAGGUGACCCAUAUCUUUAUGGUCGCGGAGCCGAAGAAUUCGAGUUCUUCCGGGCCGAAGGCUAUACUCCAGUUGUGCUGCCAGGUAUCACCAGCGCCAUGAGUGCGUCUCUGUUUGCAGAUAUCCCGGCUACUCACCGCGGCGUAUCUGAUCAGGUGCUGGUCUGCACAGGAACUGGCCGGAAGGGCGCUGCCCCGGUGCCUCCAGCAUACGUGCCCACCCAGACUGUUGUCUUUUUGAUGGCCCUUCACCGACUCUCUGCUCUGAUUGAGUCUCUCACCACAUUCCCCGCCGAGGACUCGAACCGUUCACGAACGCUUUGGCCGAAGGAGACCCCUUGUGCGAUUGUCGAGCGUGCCUCCUGCCCCGACCAGCGUGUCAUUCGCUCAACCUUGGAGCAUAUAUGUCUCGCAUUUGAAGAGGCUGGCUCUCGGCCACCAGGCUUGCUAGUUGUUGGUGCCAGCUGCCAUGUCCUGCAUAGACCCGCUGACGGCCAGAAAUGGGUGAUUGAGGAGGGCUUUCAUGGCCUGGAUGAACUGCACGGUGAACUGGACACUGUGGUGUCACUACACGAAGAGAAAUGA